GGCGACACCUGGAGGAUUUUACUACAGAAAUCACAUGCCCAUAUUUGGUAAAUGGAAGAAAAUUGCUGUGCAUUUUUUAAAAUAUAAACACAUGCACAAGUACAAUCAUGCAAAUACAAGUCAAGUACAAACACAAAUAAUACAAUUACAAUACAUAAAUACAAAAAAGUUGAUGUUACUGGAUGCUGGAUUAAAUGAGAAAAUAUAUCCAGAACUCAAUAUUUUUCUGCGUUGGGCAAUCGGACUCUUAUACCAGUACACAGGAAUGACAAUUAUUUUGGUGUCCAAGAAACUAUAUUUAAAUUUUAUUUUAAUUAUAAAAUAUUUUUAACACCAUUAUUAUAACUAUAAUUAUUAUUUUAUGUUAGUUAUCCAAUACUCAUAAUUUUAAAAAAAAAUUACAGUAAUAAAAUGGGGAAAAUGAUAAAAUAUUGAAGGAGACGCAAAUAAUAUCUAUUUAAAAAUGCGACACUCCAAUUUAUUUAAUCAAAUUUAAUGUACCGACGAUUCUGCGCUGAUCACAGUUACCUGUGCAAUCAAGUUUCUACUUAAAUUGCUGUCAAGUGUUUCAUUAGCCUACCCGAAGUGACACUUUUGGUUAAUCGUGUGAAUGCCAAAAUCAAACAACAAAAUUAAUACAAUACAAAAUCUUAUUGCACUUAAAAAAUAUAUGACUACACGUUGCACGCAUUAUUUGUGAUUGGCGGCCCGUAGAUAUCAAAUAUAUUAACGGAUUCAGCCAACAAACUACAAACUGCAUCAUUCUGUUAGAAGAAACGCUGGAAUUUUAACUUUUUUUUUGAAAAUAUACAUACCAAGAGAAAACCCACCAAUCAAUGGCGGCGGUGAAGGUGCCAUCCACUCAAGUCGCUUGACAGAGCAUGCAGUCGUGUACCGCACUUGACAUGAAACCCAAUUGGUGCUGUAUCUAGGAAUUGUAUUUGCCGUGCGUAUUGAGCACGGCAUUACAGCUAUACGUACACAUCUAGAGAAUUGUAUGUCACCCACGGGUUCUAUUAUUUUAAUAUAGGUCUCUACGAUACUUAAACUCACAAUUUGCUUUUUUCUGACAACGCCAGGCAAGGAACAGCCGCCUGAGAAAGCAGCUCGAUUUAAAGUCGGUGACCAGGUCAAGUGUUCAGUUGAAGCUCUAAAGCUAAGGAGUCUACAGCUGGGCCACGGAGGCUUCUCAAUGGACAUGGUUCCGGUAAUAAAAAAAAAUUACAAAGUAGAAAAAAAAAGUUCUAAUAGUGAAAUGUAUUGACUUGGGUCUCUCCAUUAUAUCUCUCGUUGUCAUUUCUUUCUGCCUCUCACUAAUAUAUCUAUUGCUCUUUCUCACAAUCGGUCUUAUAGAUUAUUUAAUUGUUUCACUAUUUCUCUAACUUAUUCAAUACCUUACACAGUCUCUUUAUCUCUUUCUCCAAGUGUCUAGUUUUCAUUUUAAAUAUCUCUUAUCUAAUUUAAAAGCCUCAAAUUUAACUAAAUUGCUUUUGUUACUUUAAAGGAGUUUAAAAAAUAAAUAAAUAAGAAGCUCAAUCAAAAUUUCAAAAGUUAUCUUAAGCCACUCUUAUCUUAAGCGACUCUUAUCUUAAUCCACUCUUAUCUUAAUCCACUCUUAUCUUAAUCUACUAUUAUCUUAAUCUACUAUUAUCUUAAUCCACUCUUAACUUAAUCCAAUCUUAUCUUAAGCCACUCUUAUCUUAAGCCACUCUUAUCUUAAGCCACUCUUAUCUCAUUAAUCGUACAUCAUCCAAAACAUACCAUCGCUUUGAGAAGGAAUUCAAGUGUGCAAGGAAGUGCAACAUUCCGUUUGCGACAUUGAAAUUUUGCUUUAGGUUUAUUGGACGCAAACAUUUUAUUCACUACAUAAGACACUAUUUGUAGACUUUAAUUAUUUCAAGACAACGUAAUAAAUAAAACAAGUUUGGCUUAAGUCUUCAUUAGUCUUAAGUGGGUCCUAAAGUUGUUGUUUUUGUUGUUGUUUUUUUUAAGUCAAUUAUUCUUAAUGACAAAAUGUCGUUAUGGUUAUUUUGUUUAAAUCCAUAUUUGUGUGAUUGCUAUAUUGAAAUAUGUUAAUUUUAUUCUAAACUUAUGAGCAGUCAAAAAAGUGAAAAUUAGCCUUUUUUUCUAUUAGGGUAAUAAUUGUAUUUUUAAAAAAAAAUAAUUAAGUAACGUUUCGUAUUUUAUCAUUUUUCACGUUGUUAAUGAAGAAUAUUUCUGACAAUGAUUUUUACAUUCAAAUCAAAAUGUAAUUUUUGUCAUCUCUGUAAUUUUUUCGUACGCCCAUACAUCUUUAUGCGAUAAUUCACUAUGAUGAUCACAGAUAAAAUAGAAUGAUGUCUUAGGAUAUACUUUUGUUUUGACUAAGCUGAUCAACAUCCCUGGAUCUGUCAAGUCUAUUGACGACGAUGGGGACGUCGUUGUGGUAUACCCCAACGGCAAGCAGUUUAUGUAUCACCCUGACGCCCUGAGUAAGGUAAUUUACAUAACAAACGAGGUGUACAAUUUAAACAUCUAUAAAUUUAUUGGUAAAUUUAUAAUUUUGAACUAAUUUGUACGAGAUCUGCUAAUGGGAAAACAACGUUGUACAUCCUGAUGUUUCUAAGCGUUAUAUCGAUUGAAUGGAAGAUGCGUUUUUUUUUUUUCUCUUUAAAAAAAGGGGGUGACGUGAAAUGAAAUUACUGAAAAGUAUGAACUCAUUUUAAGCCUUUGUCUGCAAUGACAGAAACAAUGCAUAUGUGGUUAACUAUUUAAAAAAAAAUCAUAAUAAAAAAAUAUACAUUGUUCGAUGAACCUAUCACACUUCUAAUGAACGUCUACAGGAAAAAUUAUAAUAGAAUUUUAUUGUACGAAAUAAGAACGAAUUAUUCUCUCUUUAGAAAGUGAAAUUUGAAAACAAAAUAACGCAUCAUGAAAGUUUAAAUUAUUUCGAUAAAAUGUGUAAACAUGUUCCAUAUUUUAUAUAAUUAAUUUAAGCUAAAUCACAAACAUGUUAUUAUUUAUUUAUUAAUAGCAUUAUUAUUGUUUUUGUUGCCAAUGUCCCUCUACGGAUUUUAAUAAUCAAAAUAUUAACACAUUUAAUACAUUUUUUUUUUCACUUUUGCUUUGGCAGGAAUAAGAUCCAAGUGAAAGAUACCUUACUAAUACAGACUUUUAUUAGAAUCGAGUGCCAGAAUGUGUUUUAUGUAACAAUUGAUGUUUCUGAUGAUGGCUAUUUAGAAUACAACUAUUUGUUUUAAUGUAUUCCUUCAUAUGCAGAUUUCAGUUAAGAUUCAUCGUUCGCUGGCCAUUAAUUUUAUUCUCUCCCUGUUAAUUUAAUAUAUAUUCUUUAUUUCAAAUCUGUUUUUAAGCAGUAACUCAAGUAUAAAGGCGUUGAACUGAGCUAAAGCUUUCAAGUAGUUUAAUGAGACCC